CCCCCGUUUUCCGCAUUCCGCUAUAAAACGCGGUCUCCGACCCCAGAUGCCUUCUCGCCCCGCCCCAUCGUCGUUCCUCUCUCACAUCCGCCUCCUGAGAAGCGCCGCCGUCUCCCCAUCCUCCUCCUCCUCCGUGCUGCUGCCGAACAGCCGCCCGCGCCUCGCUUUCCCGGUCGCGCCGCCUGUGCCCCGCGCCUCCGCCUUCGCCGCCGCGUCGCCGCUGGUCCGCCCGGUCGCCGCCGGAUUCGCGCUGUUCAGCAUGGCCGCCGCCGCCUCCUCCGCCUCUUCCGUCCACGACUUCACCGUCAAGGAUGCAAGUGGGAAAGAUGUGGACCUGAGCACCUACAAGGGGAAAGUUCUCCUCAUCGUCAAUGUUGCUUCCCAGUGUGGCCUGACCAAUUCCAAUUACACGGAACUGAGCCAGUUGUAUGAGAAGUACAAGGACCAGGGUUUCGAGAUCCUUGCUUUCCCAUGCAACCAGUUUGGUGGGCAGGAACCUGGCACUAAUGAGGAGAUUGUUCAGUUUGCUUGCACUCGCUUCAAAGCCGAGUAUCCAAUUUUCGACAAGGUUGAUGUUAAUGGUGAGAAUGUCGCACCCAUCUACAAGUUUCUGAAGUCCAGCAAAGGCAGCAUCUUCGGAGACAACAUCAAAUGGAACUUCUCCAAGUUUUUGAUUGACAAGGAGGGACAUGUCGUGGAUCGCUACGCACCAACCACUUCCCCACUUAGCAUCGAGAAGGACCUGAAGAAGCUGCUUGCGAGUUCUUAAAUCUUACUGCUUGAAUCAAUUAGACCCGUUACUGCACCGCGACUCCUGAAGCUUCAAUAAUGUUGUUAAUAAAGGCUUUGCUUGGAACUGGCCAUGUUAUACUCUUGUAGUAUAUGACGUCGUGUAAUGGAUUUGGCGUAAUACAUCAAUUUCUAUGCUGAAUAGAUAUAUCUUGUGUCUAUGUUGGUUAUGAUAUAUCCGAGGAACACGUUUUGACAUGUCAUGCAUACAUGCCGUCUGUUCA